AAACAGUCAGCACUUUCGAUGAGAAAAUAAAAAUAAAUAACGAUAAUUUCAUUUUUUUAAACGAUUAUUUCUUCUAAAAUUGGCAACAAGUAAUAUCUUAUCGAUGAAAUUGCAAUUGACAGCAGCUGAUUUUUUUUUCUUUACAUGCCAAACGAACGUAUAAUGUUCACGACUGCUUAUCUUUCUGAGAGAGAACAAUUUAAAUCAGAGAACUGUCACUUUCAGAAAUGUAUUGAAGGAAAUAGUCAAAAAGUAAUCACGAAAGUGAAAAAGAAAAUUCUACCAGAAUAUCAAAAAACGUCAUGUGGAUUUUCGAUUCCAAAACAGUUCUCUUUGGAGGCUUUCAAUUCAGCACUCUCCUACGAGCCACGACCGGACGAUCUUUUUAUCACAACUUACCCAAAAUGUGGUGCAACUUGGGUGCAAAACAUCGUGGCCUGCAUUCAUCAAGAAGGUUCACCUUUUUCUUCAGCCCUGGAAUUUUUUAACAAUGCGCCUUUUCUGGAAAUGUCAGGAGCUGAAGCGGCAAGGAUAAUGAAGCGACCCGGAGCCAUCAAGACACAUUUGCCUAUCGACGUGAUCCCAUGGUUUUCGCAGGCAAAGUAUAUUUACGUUGCCAGAAACCCUAAAGAUUGUUGUGUUUCGUUUUAUCAUCACACAAAAAACUUCACCGGCUAUAAGUUCAAAAAUGGCAGCUUCGAUGAUUAUUUUGAACUGUUCAUGAAAGGAGAAGUGGACUACGGAGACUAUUUCGACAGUUUGAUAUCCUGGUAUGAGCGCAGAAAUGACCCAAAUGUUUUGUUCAUCACAUAUGAGCAACUGAAAGAAGAUAUAAAGAGAAAUGUUUUGAAAAUUGCAAAUUUUAUGGGAUCUGAAUAUAAGGAAAUGCUUGAGAAGAAUGAAACUAUGUUGAAAGAUGUCAUCAAGCACAGCAGUUUCGAAUUUAUGAAAGAAACACUGAAUCAGCAAAUUUCUGAGUUAGCCCGUCAGACACGGAAAUCCGAUCAGGAUCGCACUGAUUUAUCAGUUGGAUUAAAGAAACUGUUGGAAUCGGAAGAGAGCUUCUUUGACACAGAUCCGAAUAGUAUAAGUUAUGUAAGAAAAGGAAUUGUUGGUGAUUGGAAGAACCAUUUCUCACCGGAGCAAGACAAAACAUUGGAAAAGAAAUUCAUGGAGAGAACAAAAGGAACAGAUAUUCAAUAUCUCUGGCAAGACAUCUUUAAAACAUCAAGCACAGAAUAAUUGAGUGUAACCUUCACUUAGUCUCCUCAUGGACCUUAAAUCUACCAGUGUUAGUAAAUUUACACUAAAGCUAACAGGGAAUUAUUGAGACAAAACUUUAACAGUGGUAGACCAGAAAUUUUAUCCAGGUGUAUUUCGCAUGAAAAAGGGCAGAUAGUAGCAGUCACGAGUGAAUU